UUUGUUGUCGUAGCGCGUUAUUGUCAUGACAACAAAAAACAUGGCGGAAAAUAACAAAUAUGUUGGAACGGAGAAGAAAUUUACAUUUCAUUUCUUACCCGAUCGAAAAUUUAUUUGUUAUGAAGAUAAUUGUAAAGAUUUGCUUAUAAAGUGGUCUCUAUUGGAUAAUAUGAGUAUUCAAUCUUUUAGCUUUGAUGAGAAAUUUCGAUCUUAUAUGUUAAAUGAUUUUGUAUGGAGUUUCUUCCAAGAUCCUGUGGUAUUACAAUCCUUACAAGUUUAUUACCGUGGUAGUUCGAUUUCAGUUUCUACAGCAGCCACUGAAGUAGAAAUAGAAUCAGUUCCAGCUACUUUGACAUCUAUGAAUUUUUUCAAUCGUUUAUAUGACAACAAGAUUGCACGUACUGACGGAAGCAUCGUAAAAUGCUAUGAAGAUUAUAUCGAUGAAAUAUAUAUAGCAGACGAACUACGCAAGAUGUUGAUGAUAGAAGAAAGUGAUAAUUAUGAUAUGUUUACUCCCAUAGAAAGAAGGGAAUUUUUGUUUAGACUCUUCGCGCAUCUCUGUUUAGGAGGAAACUUAUGUCAAUACGAAGAUUACAUUAACGACUAUCUUAACGUCGCCAAGCAAAUGUACAAGGAUAUUGUUAAUGUGCAAAAAGAUCCUGAAACUAAAGAGAUUAGAGUCAUAUCAAUUAUUGCGAAAGUUAAUUGUUAUAAUGAUAAUGUUAAAUAUUAUCCAUCCAGUUAUGAUCACUUGCAGAAUUUUGCUUAUUUAAUAAUUGAUCCUAUUAAACAGCACGUCAACGUAUUUUCACAUGUUUGGAAUUGAAAAAUAAAAUUUAAUACAGCA